CAGAUAAGAUACCUAGACACUUUAGUUACGAUGUUGUAAUGAAACAGCAUAUAAAAGUGGGAGGGUGAAUAUGUAGAUAUCAUUGCCACCACGUCUUCAGUUAAGUACAACUAUCGAUGUGCGGCGAGAGGGGUAUGGUACAUAUGAGGCUGUUGCAAGUACUUCAACUUCUUACCUUACUUCGUAUGUACAUAGUACGGAGUAAGGUACCUACUAGGGAAGGGAAGACAUGGAAAGAAAUUGUCCUCAUAUUAUGUAAUAGGUACAUACAUUCAUUGCUUCCCACCACCCCCAUAUGUAUAGCCGGUUUUUCAACAUGGAACCUCUUUCAAGGUCGUCAGGAAGCCUGAACGAGAACCACUAAUUAGCGGAUGGAGGAGGAUGCCACGGGCGUCAGCUGGGCAGCCUAUGCGUACUGAGUACAUCGAAUCGCCCUUCUUCGUCGCCAUACUCUCCGUCUGGGCUUACCGAAUCAGGCAUGCCGUCCGGGCUCACGCGCGGAACCACGCUCCGGUCCGCUCCUGACCAAGACGCCACGCCGUCACCGCGCCCCAAUGCCCAGAAUGACCCGAGCACCGGCGGGCCAGUACAGCCAAUCGCCUCACCGGCCCGCCGUCCUUCCAAGACGGCAUCUGGCUAUGAGGCUCCAGAGUCCUACCUCAACCUUCCCGAGGUCGAGGAUGUGCCCAUCAUCCAAGACCGAAACGAAUUGUCUCGUCUCGACAGCCAGUCUAUCGAAGAGCUUGCAUCUCGUCUUCACGCAGAUAGGGCGGCUCCCGGUACAAGACGAGACUUACUUGGCGAGAGUCAACUCCCACAGGGUGCCUCCCCUGCCCAGUCUCCUGACGAUGAUGCCGAUGCGGUAAUGGCACCACUCUCUCAGUGGGCCACAGAGUUCUACACCGUUUCGUAUCUCAUCCUGUUCGCCAUCUUAGGCACUCUAGCACGCCUAGGUCUGCAAGCCUUGACAUUCUAUCCCGGCGCUGCCAUUCCUUUUAGCUCCGUGUGGCCCAAUUUCGCCGGUACCCUGGUCAUCGGCUUUUUGACCGAAGACCGCAUGUUGUUCCGGUAUGAGCGAGACAAUAUGCCAAUAUCCGGCCAGCAAUCAAUCAUGUUAAAGGCCGAUGACGACGUGUCGGGAUCCCCUCAUGCCUGGCGCGUAGCCCAGGAUCUCGCCGCCGCGAAGAAGGCUCACCUGAGUGUUAAAAAGACAAUUCCGCUCUACAUCGGGCUGGCUACUGGCUUCUGCGGCUCGUUCACCUCCUUUUCCUCUUUCAUACGGGACAUCUUCUUGGCCCUGUCUGACGACUUGCCGAUCCCAGAUGGGGCUUCGACGCCGCGCAACGGAGGCUACUCGUUCCUAGCCCUACUCGCCGUCACCAUUGGCACCAUCUCGCUCUCUUUCUCGGGAUUCUACCUCGGGGCCCAUCUAGCCGAGGUAUUAGAGCCUGUGACGCCAUCGAUUCGGUAUCCGUUGUCCCGCAAGUUCCUCGACCCGCUCGCUGUGGUGCUGGGCUGGGGCUCCUGGAUCGGUGCCGUCGUCCUCUCAAUCGUUCCGCCUGACAGGUAUAGCAACCCGGGCUCGUCCGAAUUCUGGCGAGGCCGCGCCACCUUCGCCCUCGUAUUCGCGCCUCUGGGCUGCCUCGCGCGGUUCUACGCCUCGGCUCGUCUCAACGGGCGCGUCGCGGCGUUCCCGCUGGGCACGUUCGCCGUGAAUAUCGCCGGCACAGCGAUCCUCGGGGUGGCCUGGGAUCUGGCCCACGUCCCCACGGGCGGCGUCGUCGGAUGCCAGGUCCUCCAGGGCAUCCAAGACGGGUUCUGUGGGUGCCUAACAACUGUGUCCACGUGGGUCGUCGAAUUAGCGGUUCUUGGGCGCCGAAAGGCUUACGUGUACGGAGGCGCAAGCGUCAUUACUGCUUUGGUGCUCUUGAUUGCUAUUAUGGGGGGGUUGCGGUGGAGUCAGGGGUUCUCAACCCUGAUUGUGGUAACUUGGGUUAGCUCUGAAGCUAUUUGGAAGGGACAGGUUCAAAAGUGUAGAUUCGCUUCACAAUAGGUGGACUGUAUAGUCUCUUUCUUUCUUUUGACUGUAAACUACGCCUGCAAAUUUGUUGUUUCGCAAAUAUAUAGGGUUCUUGUUACGUGGCGGAUCAAUAAUCUGCUUCAUAGAGGUGGUUAUACACGCCGUAAUGAUCGUGCCCGGCAUAAUGGGGUUUUGCUCUAGAUUAGGGUGUUGCAGUAACAUACAGUGAGUUUAGAUGUGCAGGGUCUCGACUUGAUAACCUCGUUCUAUGUUUUGAUAGCAUAGCGGUUUAGUAUUAUACUCCUAUUCUGUUCCGUAACAUAGGGUUAUCCAACCUUUUAUCAGGUUUAUACCAGAGCUUACACGAAGUUUUAUCCGCAAUGGGACUGCUUACUAUGGUCACAGAGAUUCAUGACGCAUCAGCUCUGAAAGCUUUCGAUUGCUGGGCUAGCCCGGGUAUAUCAACAUGAUGUCCUGAUAUACCGCUCAAUAUAUGAAACUAGGCCGAGGGACUACCAGUGCCAAGCGAGAACGCGUACGGGAGUCGGUAUUACUUAACCUCCGUCUCUCCGCUCGUUCGUCCGCUUGUCCGCUCUUUCUAGAACGAAUAGCCUCCCAUCGCUAACAUUGAGGUUGCAUGUCAGGGUCGCAGCAUGGGGCAGGCUAGUGAGUCCUAUUGUUACGUAAGCGUUUCUCAACUUUCCGGCGCACAAAGCUAAGCUAUACGGGGAGGGGUUUCUUCGUUACCUUACAGCCA